AUAAGAAAUUCUUUAAAUUGUAGUAUAUUUCGACUUUUGUACUAUUAUUUUUAUUAUUCGAAUUAUUAUUCGAAAGCAAAAUGUCUACAUCACUACUGUUACGUACGGUUUCAGGGCCAUUGAGAAAUUUGGGUCACUUUAAAGCCGGAAGUGUCUGGACAAUAACUAGAGAAGCUCACAAUAAGAGCAAAAGUCUUCUGGCUCAGUAUGGUGGAAGGUUUACAGUAACAAUGCUUCCAGGUGAUGGGAUUGGUCCAGAGAUGAUGACUUUUGUUAAGGAAGUUUACAGAUAUGCUGGUGUACCAGUAGAUUUUGAAGAAAUUAGCUUUGAUCCAAACUCUGAAUCAGAAACAGAUUUUUUUGAUGCCAUCACAUCAAUCAAAAGAAAUGGAGUUGCCAUUAAAGGGAAUAUUGAAACAAGAGAAAACAGACCAGGACAAAUCUCUAGAAAUGUUGAGCUUCGCAAUGAGCUAGAUCUUUUUACAUAUGUAAUGAACUGUGAAUCCUUUCCAGGAGUUCAAACCAGACAUAAAGAUAUUGAUAUUGUUCUUAUUAGACAGAACACAGAGGGAGAGUAUGCAAUGUUAGAGCAUGAGAACGUGCCUGGUGUCGUCGAAAGUUUGAAGAUAGUUACGCGUGCGAAUUCAGAAAGACUCGCCCGCUAUGCUUUCGAUCUCGCUCAAAAGCAAGGAAGAAAGAAAGUUACUACCGUACACAAGGCUAAUAUUAUGAAAGUCUCAGACGGCCUUUUCUUAGAAACGUGUACUGCAGUAGCAAAGGAGUAUCCAAAUAUUGAGCAUAACAACAUGAUUAUUGAUAACUGUUGCAUGCAAAUGGUGGCUAAACCCCAGCAGUUUGAUGUUAUGAUCAUGACCAAUCUAUAUGGCAAUAUUGUUUCGAAUCUUGCAUGCGGUCUCAUCGGUGGCCCUGGUUUACUGAGCGGAAGAAAUAUGGGUCCUCAAUAUGCUGUUUUUGAACCGGGAACCAGAAAUACUGGACAAUCUAUUGCUGGAAAAAAUAUUGCUAAUCCUAUUGCAAUGUUGAACGCUUCGGUAGAUUUGCUUGACCAUUUGGGACUAGAUUACCAUGCCCAAUUGGUAGGAAGCGCUAUUAAUAAAACAGUGAACGAGGACCGUAUAUGGACCCCAGAUCUUCACGGCCAAGCAACAAGUAUAGAUGUUGUACAGAAUGUUAUCCGUAACAUCCAAGAACAAACCAAAACGAAGAAUUGGGCUGCAAUGUAGAAUGAAAUUUUCCUGAUGCCGCAGUUGGAGUCAUCAGCAUCGGUGAAGUUUGUAGUCAGUCUUCAAUUUAGUUUCACUUAUUUUGUUUGGACAUGUGUAUUUGAGCUUCUGGCCGAAAAGAAGAAGCCAAUACAAAUUGAACAUAAUAAAGAUCGAAUAUCCU